GAUGGUUAAAAUGAUAAAUGUGGUGACUGUUCGUUUCUGGAGCUAGGGCACCCUACUGGAGGUGGAAAAUAAUGCUAUCCCAUCGGUUUGUUUCGUGAGCUUUCGUAGUCGUCGGAUGGCCAGCUAAAACCGUUUUCCUUUCCGUGGUGCAGCGUUCUCCUUUCCGUGGUGCAGGAUGGAGAUGAGGGCAAGGCUGUGAUUGCUUUGCUCAGCUGCCACCACCACAAUGGAAGGCGCCUCCUUCAAGAGCCUGCAGGAAGAGCUGGCUUUCUAUCGAGAGCAGGCUGUCGAGUACAAGGCCAAGAAAAGCUUCAGCAGAGCAAGCAGGAGAGCUCUCGGCAGGUGCACGAUCUGCAGGCACAGCUGGAGGAAGUGACUGCCUCCAGGGAAGAGAUGCACAACUACAUCCGGGAGCUGGAGCAAUCUAAUGACGACCUGGAGCGCGCAAAGAGGGCAACUGUGGCGUCUCUUGAGGAGUUUGAGUCCAAGCUCAAUCAGGCGAUUGAGCGGAAUGCGUUCCUCGAGAGUGAGUUGGAUGAGAAGGAAGCCAUGAGCUUCAUGGUGCAGCGACUGAAGGACGAGGCACGAGACCUGAAGCAGGAGCUAAUGAUCCAGCAGAGUUCUGUGCACAAGGAGCAGAGCAGCUUUGGGGCUGAAUCGCCCUUGGUGCAGCGUCGGGAGUCAACGGGCGGCACCACACCCCUGAUCCCUCCUUCAGGCAGGGCCCAUCACAGCCGCAUUCUGGGCAUGUCAGACUCCAACCGACUGGCCACCGACAAAGCCGCCAGCAAUGGGACAUCCCAGCAGCUACCACUGGGUGUGGGCUCAUCGAGCCAGACACCAUUGACCCCUUCAGCACGGGUCUCCGCACUCAACAUUGUCGGCGACCUCCUGCGCAAAGUCGGCACCCUGGAGUCCAAGCUGGCAUCGUGCCGCAACUUUGUCAAGUGCCCCCAGAGGGAGGACGUCGAAGGAAUGACAGCCGCUGGACUAGUCACCGGGAGGACUCACUUGAAGCAACGUGCAUUGUCAAGUCCACAAGAAUUCGUGCCCCUUGCGUUCUAGAAACGGACGUCAGUGCGCCGCAAGCCAGGGCGACGGAUUUUGUGUGUUGUAUGGACGGUUGAUCGUAAUUGCACGUAAUAAAUGUACACUUGUGCACAAAGAAAAG